AGAAAUAAAACGGGAGGUCGAAGAAUGAGAUGAUGGCGGCCAAUUCGAUUGUCGUUCAAAAACAGCCGAGCGCUUAUAUGUGCUCAUUCUCACUCUAUGCAUCUACAGUAAUCAUGGCGGUUCUACAGACAAUACUCUCCGCCUUAUUAGCAAUUCUGUACCGCGUCAAAAUCGAAGGGGAUAGUGUGAUUGUGCGUAUACUCUUCUGGAUCCACGUGUCUUGCUCCAUAUCAGCUCUUUUGUUUUCAGUAUUUUGCCUCUUCAAACGAAAAAUAGGAUCCACUUAUGAAGUUGUGCUUCAUGGUUAUUUGCUAAGUGUGCUCAUCAAUGGACUUACUGCUCUAUUCGGAGUACUCUACGUCCCAUUGUUCUUCCUUCAAACAUCACAUUCUCUAAUGGAAGGCCUGGACUAUUUCAUAUGUUUCAGCCUGUCGGGAGUACUUCUCUUCCUUCAAUGGGCUGUCAAACAAGUCACCGAACAAAUGCUACCGGUUAUGGAACAUGAUUUCAAAGUUUGAAUUAGCUCUCCUAGUUUGAAGUUUGCGUUUUGAAAUUUUUAAUUUUUUUUUGCAAUAUUCUGAUAUUUGUUGGUACCUUUCUCCCGUCUUCUGUAAUCUGGUUUGAUCUCAAUAAUAAUAAAGUCUUGAAAAGUCCGGUAAAU